UGCUGUUCACGUAGAGCUGACGGCGCCGAGUCUCCUUCCUAUGACGUCCUAACUGCGGAGGAAGAGGGGCGGCUUCGCGAAAAUAUGGCGGCGUGUGUCAGGCAAGAUCUCACCCAGCUGAUGAGCUCGAGUGGCUCUCACAAGGAUCUGGCUGGGAAGUACCGCCAAAUAUUGGAGAAGGCCCUUCAGCUUCCUGGACCAGAACAGCUUGAGGCACUUAAAGCAUUUGUUGAAGCAAUGGUGAAUGAGAAUGUCAGCCUAGUGAUUUCCCGACAGUUGCUCACUGACUUCUGCACACAUCUUCCAAGUCUACCUGAUGGUAUUGCCAAGGAGAUUUAUCACUUCACCCUGGAAAAGAUCCAGCCACGUGUCAUCUCUUUUGAAGAACAGGUUGCAUCAAUUAGGCAGCACUUGGCAACCAUCUAUGAAAAAGAAGAAGACUGGAGGAAUGCAGCUCAGGUGCUGGUUGGGAUACCUUUGGAAACAGGACAGAAACAGUAUAAUGUGGACUAUAAAUUGGAAACCUAUCUGAAAAUUGCCCGGCUCUACCUGGAAGAUGAUGAUCCUGUGCAAGCAGAAGCAUACAUAAACAGAGCCUCUCUGUUGCAAAACGAGUCCACCAAUGAGCAGCUACAAAUCCACUACAAGGUUUGCUAUGCACGUGUUUUAGACUACAGACGGAAGUUUAUUGAAGCUGCUCAGAGGUACAAUGAGCUUUCAUACAAAACUAUAGUACAUGAAUCUGAGAGAAUGGAAGCACUUAAACAUGCACUUCACUGCACCAUCUUGGCAUCUGCAGGACAACAACGUUCCCGUAUGUUGGCUACACUAUUUAAAGAUGAACGGUGCCAGCAGCUUUCAGCUUAUGGUAUUCUGGAAAAGAUGUACCUAGACAGAAUCAUCAGAGGAAACCAGCUGCAGGAGUUUGCUGCUAUGCUCAUGCCUCAUCAGAAGGCAACUACUGGAGAUGGUUCCAGUAUUUUGGACAGAGCUGUGAUAGAGCACAACCUGUUGUCAGCUAGCAAACUUUACAACAAUAUCACUUUUGAGGAACUCGGAGCUUUGCUAGAAAUCCCUGCUGCCAAGGCUGAGAAGAUAGCUUCUCAGAUGAUUACAGAGGGCCGUAUGAAUGGCUUCAUUGACCAAAUCGAUGGCAUUGUCCAUUUUGAAACUCGGGAAGCUUUGCCUACAUGGGAUAAACAGAUUCAGUCUUUGUGCUUCCAAGUCAACAACCUCCUGGAAAAGAUCAGUCAGACUGCACCAGAAUGGACAGCACAGGCCAUGGAGGCUCAGAUGGCUCAGUAA